CCGGCGCUCGCGGGCUCUGUUUAAACCGAGCGACCGUUACGAGCUGCUCACAGUAACUCGCUCACAGCAUCAACAGCAGCGGGUUUAUCGGCUUUAUUCUCCGGUAAAACCUCCUCCAAACGGCCGCUACAGGCUUUAUGGAGCCGCUCGGGACCCGGAGACCUUUUUCAGCUCCACACACACAAAAACGAGGAUUUUUCAGCAGCGCCGGGUCAAGUGGAGCUCCAGCCGGGAUUACCGGACUUCAGGGGGCAGAAUUCGCUUUAAAAGCAGUGUUGAAGCAGCUCUGGGGCGGUUCUCUAUAAACGAGUCCUUACACUUUCCACUGAGUUAUUCCUGCAUCCGGUUUUAUGGCGCCCAUUUUUCUGGAGGCAGGUGGAAGACAGAGCGUCUGUAUCGUUAAUCUACCUGUUCAAAAGGAGCAUUUCUAUGAUGGCGAAAAGGGCACAGGAUAUUUAGCAUGAAGACGAUGUCCAGGAAUAAAUCUCAACGACCAGUUAAGGCAACCACAGUGCCACAAGCACAAGGACCAAAUCGCAGAAGAUCAGUAGCAUCAGUGCCUGAGCAGCUUGAUGGAGAUGCCUGCCAGGAAGCUAUAUCAUUUCUUGUUCAUUGUCAUGAUGAACCAAGUGUGUUUAAGAAGAUGAAGAUGACCUUUGAACAUCGCCAGAACCUAGUGCAUGACUCACAGAGAACCACAGAUGUCCUAAAAACAUUCCCACGUUUUUUAGAUGUCAAAGGACUACUGAGUCAAGACUUUGUGCUGCUGUUUGGUGAGGAAACAUCCUCCAGGUUGCUUGAGAAGUGGGACACGACCUUCAAGCCGAAGGUUAUCGAAGAGUCCAAACACCUGACUAAGUCAACCGAGCUGCACAGACUUCUAAACGCUGCUGAGAAACAUGCAGAGGAUGAUGACACCAACUGGGACAGUGACAUGGCUUCUUUGCUGCUUCUUCUCCAUCUCUUGCCACUGACAACAGGACUAAAGAGAAUCAAAAUUAGUGCCAGUGAUGCAGUGGAAAAAUAUACAAGUCAUGCUGCAGCAUUGAUGAACAUCUGCGAGGAACAGAGGGUAAACAACCUUACAUCCUUGCUGUUGGCCGGGCUCAGAAGAGAAUCCACACAUUCUACAUCGUUGUGGACAAGCAGCUAAUCCCUUGCCAAGCCACCAGAUCCUUGGGUGCCUUUGAUGAGCUGUUCAAGUCUCACUACGUGUUCAGUUUUUCUCAUGAUGAGUCCCUGGUCCAUUUCUACACAUUUGUGCAGAUAACAGUCUACAGCAUUGACAUUACAACAGAUGAGUCUCCAAGAGUUCGUGAGUUUCGGGCAAAGCUUUUCAACUAGGUUAAAUGUUUAAAUGUUUCAUUUGUCAGGCUGUACAUGUGGCCUGCCAGUCCUUAAUAACUCAUUUAAGAAUUGUUCACAGUUUUUAUCCCAGCACCAAGUUUAAGUUGGUUUGUGCACAGGAUUGUUGUAGGCCUCAGUUUUCAACGUAUUAAGGCUUCAAGAAACAUUUAAGUAGCGUUCAUGAGCGGGAUUUUGGCCAAAGUGGUGAUGAUACAAACUCUGAGUCCUUUCAAGCUAAUUUUCCCAAACUCCAAGAUGCCACAGAAGUUGGUCAAAUGAGGGUAACACCGAACCUAGAGGCUGCAUGUUUUCAGGACAAUGGAUUGAGUAUUCACAAAGAAAAAACAAAACAUGCGUGUGCUUUAAUUAUUGCUAAACUCCAAGGAAGUGGUGUGGCAAACAGUGUUGUUUCAACAAUUGUUAGUGAUUUGGAAGAACUUGCUACUGGACUGCACUCCCAAAUGAGGCAUGACAUACUAUCUGCUGUACCUAAAGAUGAUCCUGUAAGAUCUACAUUAAGAGUCUUGAUCAUUUUGAAAACUAAUACUGAAACUAAAAGAAUGAGAUAUUUUAGUUAGAAAUGGGGCAUAGUAGAGCCAGUAGAAAUAGAUUUAGAAACAAGGCGAAAUAAAUGUACAGGUACUUACCAACAAGUCCCUGUAAAAGACACUUUUGUGUACAUUCCAAUUUUGGAAACAAUAAAAUUUAUGUGCCGCAAUUCUGAGAUUUGUAAGCUGCUCGGGGAACCCUGUGUACCAAAAACUGACCGAUAUGAAGACUUUUGCGAUGGGAGUUAUUUCAAGACACAUCCAUUGUUCUCUAAACAGAGAUCUUUACAAAUUCAGUUAUACUAUGACGUUAUACUUUGAACCUGCUAACCCACUGGGUUCAAAGCGUGGUGUGCACAAAGUAGGUGCUCCUCAGAAAUCUGCCACCAAAGUUUAACUCUGCUGUGAUGAACAUUCAUUUGGAUUCAUGCUGAUGAUGUGAAAAAAUAUGGCUUUGAUCCUAUUCUACAUCCCCUGAUUACUGACAUCAAACCACUGGAGAGUGAUGGCCUUGAUUUACCUUUUUCCACUGAAAAAGUCCAUGGAACUAUAAGUCAGAUAACUGGGGAUAAUUUGGGGAUGCACUCUAUCCUGGGUUUUACAGAAUCUUUUAGUGGACGUUAUUUCUGUCGUUUGUGUUUGAUUGAAAAAGAGGAUGUGCAAAAUGUUGACAGUGGGGAUGACCCCAAGAUAAUCCUGCGUGGAAAAGAACUUUUUGAACGGCAUUGCCAGGAGUUGCAAUCAGACCCACAGAAGUUAUCUGUGUUUGGUUUAAAGCAGAAUUCAACACUUAACAGCCUACAGUUCUUUCAUGUUUGCCACAAUUUUUCUUUGGACAUUAUGCAUGACAUUCUUGAAGGGGUGGCUCAGUAUGAGAUAAAGUUACUGUUAGAGUAUCUCUCAAAAAAUGUUUUGUCAAAAGCUGCUCUGUGUUCUAGAAUUUAUACCUUUGACUAUGGGUACUUGGAGCUAAAAAUCGUCCUACAAGGAUCAACUUGGACAGUAGUGGGAAUAAUAUAUACUGCUCAUAAAAAUAAAGGGAACACUUAAACAACACAAUAUAACUCCAAGUAAAUCAAAC